GACUUGAAAAGAGAGAAACUCGCGCUUUGGGAAUACUCCCGGUUCUCCCUAUGGUCAGUCCGGGGCUCCGGGCGUGCGCCACAUCUUUGUCUUCCUUGCCUUGCUCAACAGCUUGAACAAACGCAACAAUGCUUGGAAUGAAUUUACUUGGAUUCUUUGUUGCGGCCGUGCAAAUAUACAACGUGAUGCCUGUCAUUCACACGCUCAAUUAUUUUACAACGGUGUCUCAAGUUGCAAAACUACCAGAGUUCUUGGAGAUGGCGUAUGUUGAUGGCGUUCAGAUUCAGCAGUUUGACAGCAACCACAGGGAAACGAAAGCCAAACAUGACUGGGUGAACAAAAUCACAGAAGAUGAUCCACACUUCUGGGAGAGAGAGACGAAAAACAAUAUUGGGAAUGAGCAGGUCAUGAAAGUCAACAUUGAAAUCGCUAAAAAGCGCUUCAACCAAACUGGAGGUGUUCACAUGAGUCAGGUGAUGAAAGGCUGUGAAUGGGACGAUGAGACGGGUGAGGUUGAUGGUUGGGAGCACUAUCGUUACGAUGGAGAAGACUUCCUAUCAUUUGAGGCAAAGACAAUGACAUGGAUCGCAGCACAUCCACAAGCUUUCAUCACCAAAAUCAAGUUGGACCAAAUUGACGGAUUUGAUAACGUCAUGAAGAAUAGCCUCACUGAGACGUGUCCUUUCCUGUUGAAGGAGCAUUUGAGGAACGGGAGGGUCUUCCUAACGAGAACCGAGCUUCCCAAGGUGUCUCUCCUGCAGAAGACGCCUUCCUCUCCGGUCACCUGCCACGCCACGGGUUUCUACCCCAUUACAUCGUCCCUCUUUUGGAGGAAGAACGGCGAGGAGAUCCACGAAGACGUGGAGAUGGGGGCGACCCUCCCCAACCACGACGGAACCUUCCAAACCUCGGUCCACCUGAAAGUGGAGGUGACGCCCGCCGCGGAGCAGGAGUACGAAUGCGUGUUCCAGUUGGACGGCGUCCCGGAAGACAUCGUCAUCAAGCUGGACGCCGGAAGCAUCCUGAGCAACGCACGCAUCCAGGACGCUUUGCCAUGUGAAGAAGAGGGAUACAGGAAGAAGGCGGUGGCCCUCGUUGUCCUGUCGAUGAUCCUCACUCUGCUGGUGAUGGCGGUGGUGGUCCUUGCCAAGCGUCUCAAAUCCAAACAAGCCAUAUACGUUCAAGCUUGUAAAGGGAAAAGCCGAAAGGAAAAAAAGAAGACUCUACGCUGGAUCAACAGGCUGUGUGCAUUCUGCUAUUCAACUGAAUGUUGAAGCCAAAGUACUAAUCAUCAAGGAGCUGGAGGAGCUGAGCAAAUACCAAUAAAACACACACCACGAAGGUAAACACAAACCACAUUCAUGACAACGCCUGAUAACAAAAACACCUUAGGACUAGAAACCUUUGUAUAUACAGAACAUAAAUCACAGGACAUAGAAUAUGAUAUUGAUCCUGAUAACAACCUACUCAAUGAUAUAGGAAACAGCUGCAUUUACUACACAGAUGAGCACUACAAUUUAACUUUCCAAUCAAAGCAUAACAUA